UCACGGGGGCGAAGCUGCGUUGCGUGCGGAACCGAGGACCCGGAAAAGCCUCCGUUCACCAGAAACAGCGACACAGACAGAAGCUCGGGUUUAGCGGAGAAGCGGCGGGUAAAUAUACAGCGCUCACCGGCAGUCUGUCCAUCAUGCUGGGUGGUGGAUUCAAAGCAGAGAGACUACGAGUCAAUCUGAGACUUGUCAUAAAUCGUUUGAAGCUUCUUGAGAAGAAGAAAACUGAAUUGGCCCAAAAGGCACGUAAGGAGAUCGCAGACUACUUGUCCGCAGGGAAAGAUGAGCGAGCACGGAUCAGAGUGGAGCACAUCAUCAGAGAAGACUAUCUGGUGGAGGCAAUGGAGAUCCUGGAGCUAUACUGUGAUCUGCUGCUGGCCCGCUUUGGCCUGAUCCAGUCUAUGAAAGAACUAGACCCUGGCCUUCAGGAAGCAGUGUCCACGCUCAUCUGGGCUGCUCCACGGCUGCAGUCAGAAGUCUCAGAGUUGAAAAUUGUUUCAGAUCAACUGUGUGCCAAAUACAGCAAGGAGUACGGCAAGCUUUGCAGGACAAACCAAAUCGGAACAGUCAAUGACAGACUCAUGCAUAAACUGAGUGUGGAGGCCCCACCUAAAAUCCUGGUAGAGCGCUACCUCAUUGAGAUCGCAAAAAACUACAAUGUUCCUUAUGAGCCUGAUGCCAUGGUUCAUCCAGAAGUGUGCCAAGGAGAGGAAGCUGACCUCAUAGAUGUGGACAGUGACUUCAAGAAGCCCGGUGGUGGAGGCGGAGGCGGCGGAGGCUUCACUGCUCCUCCUGCUGCUGCUAUGCCCAUGCCCAUGCCCAUGCCUAUGCCAAUGCCUACAGCCUUCAACUACCCACCACCUAAAGGAGCUGAGCCCUUUAAUGGUCCUGUUGGCACCUAUGAUGCCUUUAACAACUUCCAGCCUCCGGUGAGAGGAGGGCAGCCCCCGCAGCUUCCCAGCUGCCCCCCCACUUAUGAGUCUAUUGAUGAUUUGGCUAUUCAUCCAUCUGCUUCUCCCCAGGUUAUCCCAGGCCCAGGCCCAUCUUCACAGAUCUAUGAUAACAACGCUCUUCCUGAGCUGCCAUCGGUUCCUGACACACUCCCUGCCUCCUCCUUGGGUGGAAACACCGCGGCUUCGGACGACAUUGACUUUGACGACCUGUCGAGACGCUUCGAGGAGCUGAAGAAGAAGACCUAAUCCCCCGGUUUCCCCACUGUAUAUCCUGAUGACAGAAACCUUCAGGAGACGGAAAGAGCCUCGGCCAGAUAUUUGUCUACCCAAAUCUUCAUCUGCAGCAAUGAUUUCUAAGCAUUAAAGACAUCUGUGUAACCUUACCUCAUUCAAAAACACAGUGGUGUCUUUCUGGUGUACUUCUGGUGGAGGUUUACUCUUCUAAUCAUAACUUGGAAUGAAGGAUGCGACGAAGUUUGGGAGUUUAAUGGUUUGUGAGCUAUACUGAUGAGAAAUUUGUACACCAUUCUUUAGACUUUUCACUAAAAGCAAACUAUUGGUAUAGAACUAUAUAGAACCCCCCCCUUUUUUAAGCACUUUGCAUAUAAGGCUUUUCUGAGAAUGAGGAGAAUGAAUCAAUAAAGCUAGUUAUCUGUAAAUGUAGUAUAGCCAAUGCUUUGCCACACCCAGGUGAUAUGAUCGCAUCGUUAUUUAACCUUGUAUCGGCGUCACUGUCAAAGAGGAAGGAGUGUCACACGUGAGGAAUGUUUUCACUGUGUGAUUCCAGAGCCACAUUUAUUAUAAAAUAAGAAGAAUUUCAACCAAAAACUUCAACCUUUAGAGGGAUUGGUCUGUUUUAAGGGAGUCAGCUGUCUUUUUCUUGAGUGAUUUUAGAUGGGCUGGUUUUACCUGUUGUCAUUAAGAACACCCAGUAUGAAUGACCCAUAUAUACACACACACAAACACACACCCUGCACUGCGUCAUUCCUGAAUGGGGCUGAUCUAAUGUCAUGUGCUGAUGACUUGCAGAAUGCAGAAUGCGGGCUGGGAUGACUUCACUAGAGGAGUUGUAAACAACAGCAGUAGCAGCAGCAGGUUGGCAGACAUGCAUCAGUUGCUUUUAUAUCUACAGUCCUUUAAUUCAUUAUUUAUUAAUCUCAGAAUGUCAUUAGUUGAGCAGGACUGCUGUAGCUGGCUCUCAUAUUAUCAAACUGACAGAUUUCCUUGAACACAUUUUGUGUGUUUGGGUUAAGGUUAUUGGAAGUUUCACUUUCAGUUCAGUGAGUAUACUGUGGUAAAGGCAGCGGUUGAAGGUUAGUAAAAGUAAGUUAAAUUUGAUUCAGAAGCUUUAAUGGAAGUUUGGAAGUGUCUCUCUGGAGGUUAAGAGUUUAUUACACUCCUUUUUUUAUUUUUAGUACAUUUUGCGCUCUUGCACCAUUGCAUUUGCAUUCGCAUUUGCAUUUGCCUUCACAUUCGUUCCAAUUUCCUCAUCUUAGGCCUUGCUAUGCUACUCCUCACUCUGUUGGACGUGAUAAUGCUGUCAGCUGGAGCAGUGAAUGACAUUCAGAUUGCAGAUCUCUAACUGUGUAUUAAUUAUCAGUCUUUUCUCCGGUGGAGGUUCUAAUUUUAUUUUGUUGGUUCCUGUUUGUUUAUAUAAAUUCGCCUUGCUUUUUUUUCAGAUAUAUGUUUGCAGUAGUUGUUGACUGUGAGUUUUGGUUGAUGAAGUUUUAUAUGUGUAGUUGCUCUGCUAUCGGUGUUCAUUCCUUUUUUCUUUUUUUUCUUUUUCCCUCUCUUUUUCUUUCUUUAUUUUUGCCCUCUCAAAAAGCGAGAACUGUAACACUACUGCGCAGUAUGGGGAAAUGCAUAGAAUGCUUACUUCUGAUUUUAACAUGUAUUGAAGGCGUAUCAGAUGGUCAUAUAAUAAUAAUAAUAAUAAUAAAAGUAUAUUUGCUCAUAACCUUUCUCACGCUACUUCUAAGUAAUGAUUUUAUUAAAGGACUACUUUGAGUGA